AUGGCACUUCCCAGCAAAUUCUUCCUUUGUUUUUGCUGCUUUGCCUGGCUCUGUUUUCCUCUUAGCCUUGGUUCUCAGGCUUCUAGGGGAGAAGCUCAGACUGCAGCUAGUGCUCCAUUGGAAACUGAGGCUGAGCCUCGGUCCUCUCUGCAGCCUCUAGAUGGGAGACACAGACCUGGCCUCCUUUCCCCUCUCUUUAAGGUUCUGUACGAUGGGCAAACGGAGGCCCCCAGGCUGCAGCCAGAUGACAGAGCUUUGCACUACAUGAAGAGGCUCUAUAAAGCAUGUGCUACCAAGGAGGGGAUCCCGAAGUCCAACAGAAGUCACCUCUACAACACUGUUCGGCUCUUCACCCCCUGUGCCCAGCACAAGCAGGCUCCUGGGGACCAGGUGACAGGUACCCUUCCAUCAUCAGUGGACCUGCUGUUUAACCUGGAUCGUGUUACUGCUGUUGAACAUUUACUCAAGUCAGUCUUGCUAUACACUUUCAACAACUCUGUUUCUUUUCCCUCUCCUGUUAAAUGUGUGUGCAACCUGGUGAUAAAAGAGCCAGAGUUUUCUAGCAAGACUCUCCCAAGAGUUCCAUACUCAUUUACCUUUCACUCACAGUUUGAACUUAGAAAGAAAUACAGAUGGAUUGAGAUUGAUGUGACGGCUCUCCUUCAGCCCCUAGUGGCCUCCAACAAGAGGAGUAUUCACAUGUCUGUAAACGUUACGUGUGUGAAAGACCAGCUGCAGCAUCCUUCAGCGCAGGACAGUCCACUUAACAUGACUCUUCUGGUAGCCCCCUCACUGCUUUUAUAUCUGAAUGACACAAGUGCUCAGGCUUAUCACAGGUGGUAUUCCCUCCACUAUAAAAAGAGGCCUUCACAGGGUCCUGACCAGAAGAGAGAGCUGUCUGCCUAUCCCAUGGGAGAAGAGGCUGCUGAGGGUGUAAGAUCGUCCCGUCACCGGAGAGAUCAGGAAACUGUCGGCUCUGAAUUGAAGAAGCCUCUGGUUCCAGCUUCAUUCAAUCCGAGUGAAUACUUCAAACAGUUUCUUUUUCCCCAAAAUGAGUGUGAGCUCCAUGACUUUAGACUCAGCUUUAGUCAGCUGAAGUGGGACAACUGGAUUGUGGCUCCACACAAAUACAACCCUCGAUACUGUAAAGGGGACUGUCCCAGGGCGGUCGGACAUCGAUAUGGCUCUCCGGUUCACACCAUGGUGCAGAACAUCAUCCAUGAGAAGCUCGAUUCCUCAGUGCCGAGACCAUCCUGUGUACCUGCCAAGUACAGCCCUUUGAGUGUUUUGGCAAUUGAGCCUGAUGGCUCAAUCGCUUAUAAGGAAUAUGAAGAUAUGAUAGCCACUAAGUGCACCUGUCGUUAA